AUGGUUGAAUACACUCCUCCUCCAGAGGACUUGUCGCGCCUCAACCCGAUACAGCGAUACAUGCAGAAAGGCCAGCUCGACUGGAACGACUAUUUUUACCUAGUAAUCAUCGUCUUCGUUUACAUCCUAGCUCGACCAGCCAUCCACAAGUUCUUCAGCUGGGUCCUCGGCGGAAGCAAAGAAGAGCAGGAGGGCCAGGAGGAGAGAGAAGCAUACUACAAGCGCAGAGCAAGAAUCGGGCCCAACGCCAUCCGUGGUGGCAAGGAUGAGCCAGCCGACAUCGACCUGGACAUGCCCGCCGGCAAGACAUCUGGCGCAAAUGUUAGUGCUGAGGGUGCUGUGUCCAACAGGAAGACCAAGGGUCCGAAAGGCGAAAAGUCGGAGGCAGACAAGCUGUUGGAUUGGGACGAUGAGCCAGUUCCUGCACCCGCUGAGGGUGGCAAGUCAGACGUGAUGCAGUGGCUCAAUAAAUGGGAUAAGGAGGCAUCAUAG